AUGUGGGUUCAACGACCCAAAGUAGGUCGCUGGGUCGUCAUCUUGUUCUUGGUCUCUCCUCAGCCUCAGCUUCUUAUUUCCAAAGAGACUUCGGUGAGGGUUUGUGCGAGUACGGGGGAGUUACAAAGAAACGAAUCGCUUGAAGGUGUAAGCUUGGAUACAGUAUAUAGACUUAUACAUCAACAUAAACCUACACCAGCCCAAAUACCAUCAACCUCAACCAGCAGACACUUAGCACACCAACAGGUAAGAGGCAUCCAGCUUGCUGCUGGUAUUGGUGAGGUAUGCGUGUGUCGAUUGUGUGAGAGGGAUAAGGGAAAGUUGGUGAACCCGGGCGAUUGGCCCACCUUUCUUCAGCUUAGGUCAUUGCUCCCAAAUGAUUAUUCGAUGGUCGCCAAAAAAACCCAACCAAAUAAACAACUGGCCAAGGUAUGGGCUCAGCAUGCUAUAGGACUGCCCAGGUCUAUCGCAUCACCCUCCCCACUUUUUAUUCGUCAGAGACCAACCAAUGUUUAA